AUGGCUUUGCCGGGCGCCGGGGCGGCGGCCGCCGGCGGGGGACCGUGCCCGCUGUGGACGGCGCUGUACGACUACGAGGCGAGCGGCGAGGACGAGCUGAGCUUGCGGCGGGGGGACGUGGUGGAGGUGCUGUCGCAGGACGCGGCCGUGUCCGGCGACGACGGCUGGUGGGCGGGGAAGAUCCGCCACCGCCUCGGCAUCUUCCCCGCCAACUACGUGACCCGCCAGCCCCGCGGCGGGGCGGCGGGCGGCGGCGGCGGCGGGCGGGGGGACGCCGCGGGGAGCCUGACGGAGAUCGACUUCCAGCACCUGGAGCUGCAAGAGAUCAUCGGCGUGGGGGGCUUUGGGAAGGUGUACCGGGCCACCUGGCGCGGCCGCGAGGUGGCCGUGAAGGCGGCGCGGCAGGACCCCGACGAGGACAUCACGGCCACGGCAGAGAGCGUGCGGCAGGAGGCCAAGCUCUUCUCCAUGCUGAGGCACCCCAACAUCAUCGCCCUGCACGGGGUCUGCCUGCGGGAGCCCAACCUCUGCCUGGUCAUGGAGUUCGCCCGCGGCGGCUCCCUCAACAGGGCCCUGGCCGCCGCCGCCGCCCCCGGGGCCGGGGCCGGGGCCGCCCGCGGGGGCCGCCGCAUCCCCCCGCACAUCCUGGUGAACUGGGCGGUGCAGAUCGCCCGCGGCAUGCUCUACCUGCACGACGAGGCCAUCGUCCCCAUCCUGCACCGGGACCUCAAGUCGAGCAACAUUUUGUUGCUAGAGAAGAUGGAACAUGAUGACAUUUGUAAUAAAACUCUGAAGAUUACAGACUUUGGUUUGGCUAGAGAGUGGCACAGAACAACCAAAAUGAGUGCAGCAGGGACUUACGCAUGGAUGGCUCCUGAAGUUAUCAAGUCCUCCCUGUUUUCUAAAGGAAGUGAUAUUUGGAGUUAUGGAGUGUUGCUGUGGGAACUGCUUACAGGAGAGGUUCCUUACCGUGGCAUUGAUGGCCUUGCUGUGGCUUACGGAGUUGCUGUCAAUAAGCUUACUUUGCCCAUUCCAUCCACCUGCCCUGAACCAUUUGCAAAAUUAAUGAAAGAAUGCUGGGAGCAGGACCCUCAUAUCCGACCAUCGUUUGCCUUAAUUCUUGAACAGCUUACUGCCAUUGAAGGGGCAGUUAUGACUGAAAUGCCUCAAGAGUCUUUCCAUUCCAUGCAAGAUGACUGGAAAUUGGAAAUUCAGCAGAUAUUCAAUGAAUUGAGGACCAAGGAAAAAGAGCUUCGAUCACGAGAAGAGGAGUUGACAAGAGCAGCUCUUCAGCAGAAAUCUCAGGAAGAAUUACUUAAGCGCCGUGAGCAACAGUUAGCAGAACGUGAGAUUGAUGUACUGGAGCGUGAGCUGAAUAUCAUGAUAUUCCAGUUAAAUCAAGAGAAACCCAAUGUAAAGAAGAGGAAGGGCAAAUUUAAAAGAAGCCGGUUAAAACUUAGAGACGGACACAGAAUUAGUUUGCCUUCAGAUUUCCAGCACAAAAUAACAGUGCAGGCAUCCCCCAAUCUGGAUAAGAGGAGGAGUUUAAACAGUAACAGCUCUAGUCCAUCAAGUAGCCCCACAAUAAUUCCUCGUCUUCGAGCUAUACAAUUGAUUCCCAAAACAGAUACACACACAACUAAUGGCCGAAGAAACAGUGUAUAUGUGUACCAGCAAGAUGUAGAUAUCACAAGUGAAUAUGAACUUCCCAAUGGGGUUAUGAAAAAAGGCAAGAUUUCAUUAUGUUUCAAAGUAACUUCAGAUGAAAGCAACAGAACUUGGGGAAGGAGCACAACUUAUCACCAAGAAGAGUUUGAAGACGUGAAGAGAAGUUUUAAAAAGAGAGGUUGUACAUGGGGACCAAGUUCAGUUCAAACAAAGGAUCGUGCAGAUUGUAAGGACAAAAUAAGACCCCUUUCAGAUGGCAGCAACCCUUGGUCAACCCUUUUAAUGAAAAAUCAGAAGGGUGUUCCAUUAGCUUCACUAUUUGUGGACCAAGGUGUCUGUACUGAUAAGAAACUUCUCCCUGAAGGUUUGGACAGUAAAAGACCAAAGCCAAUUAAGUUGCCGAAUCAGGCCUAUAUUAAUCUACCUCUUUGGAAAGAUGAUCAGGGAGAGAAUACAGUAGAACAUGAGAGCUUUGAAGAAGGAACUUCUGCUAGUUCCACAAAUAGUACUCCUCAAAUGACACCUACAAACAGUCUGAGCAGGACGCUGCAGAAAAAGAAGACUGAUUCAGUGCUGUAUGGGUGUGCUGUCCUCCUCGCAUCUGUUGCCCUGGGUUUAGAUAUCAGAGAGCUGAACAAAUCACAGGGUCCAGAUGAACUCUUGCCUAAAGAUGAGAAGAAGAAGCGUGAUGGAAUAUUUCAGCGUGCUUCAAAAUUUCGCAGGAGUGCCAGCCCUACAAGACUGCAGUCCAAGAGAGAGGAAACAAGUAUUCCAUCCAUAAAUCCAGCUGCAAAUACUGUGAAUCUUCUUUCUAUGCCCUCCAUUUCCACAAAAUGCCUACUUCAGUCUGACAGUGAAGAUGCAUUUGUAAGCACUGUGCUUGGUGAUGGUGGUCCAUGUUGUUCCACUGAUGACUUUUCAUCUGAAAUUUGUGAAAGUAAGAGGGAACAGAGGAUACAGCUGGCUCCUAACACAGUUUCUACACGAUUAAAAAAUCAGCCUUUUAAUCUUUGUCUGAAACAAGAAUCUCAAAAUGAGCCAAACGAUUCCUCGACAAAGUUAAGUGUGUUGGGUCACAGACGAACCUUAUCAGAUGGGAACAAUUUUCAGACCACAGCUAAUGGAUUUGCUUCAACCAAUGAUGUCUCCAUAUUACCAGUUCUAUCAGUUACUGGAACUCUGCACUCUCCAUCUGUUCAACAAAGAAGCAAUCACAGUGGUGUUUCAACUGAAAAGCAGAGCGCUGUCAAUAGUAUAUCAAGGCCACGACCUUCUUCUCUAAGAAGUAAAAUUGAUGCAUGGCAGAUUAUUCCACGUAUUAUUAAACCAAACUCUAAAGACUCUGAAUAUUUAGAGGGCAAUGUAGGUCCAGAUGUUAACUUCUUGCCAGAUACAGAGGAAAGAACUAACUGCCACAUGCCCUCAUUACUUGAUAUUGAUGUGGAAGGUCAAAACAGAGACUGUACUGUGCCUUUAUGUAGAAUGAAGAGCAAAACUUGUCGGCCAUCUAUAUAUGAACUGGAGAGAGAGUUUCUGUCAUGA